GUUGUUGAGCAGUCAGUAACCACCCCAGUUGGUCGGUCAUAUCUUGGAGUCAGAUUCCAGGGGAAAAUAUGCGGUGUGUCCAUUAUGAGAGCAGGAGAAGCUAUGGAACAAGGUUUGCGUGAUUGUUGCAGAUCCGUUCGCAUUGGCAAGAUCUUGAUACAAAGAGACGACGAUACAUGGCAACCUAAGCUUUUCUAUGAGAAACUUCCCAAGGACAUCGCAAACAGAUGGGUGUUACUUCUGGACCCAAUGUUUGCAACUGGGGGCUCGGCCACGAUGGCGGUUGAUGUAUUGAAAUCAAAAGGUGUACCUGAAGAUCGAAUCCUUUUCCUAAAUCUCAUCGCAAGUCCUUCGGGGGUUGCCGACUUUGCUCAGAAGUACCCUAAACUACGAGUAGUCACCGCAUUUAUCGACCAAGGGCUCGAUGAAAAGAAGUAUAUUAUUCCGGGGCUCGGUGACUUCGGCGACCGAUACUACACAUUGUAG